AUGCGAACUGGGAUACCCCAAGUGCAAAGUUCCACGCUUUUUGUUCCUUCUCACUUAGUUGAUCACUUCCCGGAUUCUGUCACAGUUCAAUUUCGCAAUUUUCAACUCUUGAGAUUCAUGCGAGAGCUGUUUGGAGGUUGCUCCUUUAAGGGAGGUAGCGCAAUUAUAAUGUUCAGAAUCAAAGAAUGUUUCUUGGUUUUGGUUUUCUUUGGUGUAUGGCUUGUGUUUGAUAAAACUCAACACCACGCACUUCUGUUGGAUCACAAUGAAGACUUUUGCCUUGAACUCGGGGUUGAAGUAGUACUUUCUGGGUUGAGAGUUGUGAACCCUGCCCAGUUUCUCACAAGCUGUUGUAUGGUGCCUCCGGGGCCACCCACUCCCAUUGGUGGUGCCCAGUCUGUUUCACCCUCUCUUUUAAGAUCAAAUUCUGGAAUGCUAGGAGCUCAAGGGGGUCCCAUGCCGUCGCAGACAUCUUUCCCUUCGCUUGUAUCUCCCCGUACUCAGUUCAACAACAUGAACAUUCUAGGAAAUAUGUCCAAUGUGACUUCCAUACUGAAUCAAUCUUUCCCAAAUGGAGUUCCGAAUCCCGGGCUAUCUGGUCCAGGAAGUAGCCAACGUGGAGCAAUUGAUUCUGGAGCUGAAACAGAUCCACUCUCCACAGUUGGUAAUGGAAUGAGCUUCAAUAAUUCUUCUUCCACGUUUGUACAGCCAAAUAUAGUUAAUGCUGCUUCCUCUGGUCAAGGUCAGGGUCAACAAUUUUCAAACUCUUCUAGUAACCAUAUGUUGCCAGAUCAACAACAUUCUCAACAGCUUGAACCUCAAAAUUUCCAACACAGUCAGCAGUCAAUACAACAGUUCUCUGCUCCCCUAAAUGCACAGCAACUGCCACCACAACAGCAUUUUCAAUCAAUUCGAGGAGGUAUAAGUGGUAUGGGACCAGUAAAGCUAGAACCCCAGGUAAGCAACGAUCAACUUGGACAGCAGCAGCAGCCACCGUUGCAAUCAUUAAGGAAUCUUACUUCAGUGAAAUUAGAGCCACAACAAAUGCAGACAAUGAGAACACUGGGACCUGUUAAAAUGGAGCCUCAUUCUGAUCAACCAUUAUUUUUGCAGCAACAACAGCAACAACAACAACAAUUCCUCCACAUGUCAAGUCAAUCAUCGCAGGCUGCUGCUGCCCAGAUCAAUCUUUUGCGCCAUCACAGGCUUUUACAGUUACAACAACAACACCAGCAGCAACAAAUCUUGAAGGCAAUGCCUCAACAACGGUCCCCACUACCACAGCAAUUUCAACAGAACUUGCCAAUGAGAUCUCCUGUGAAACCAGCCUAUGAACCUGGAAUGUGUGCUAGGCGGCUGACACAUUACAUGUAUCAGCAACAGCAUAGACCUGAAGAUAACAAUAUUGAGUUCUGGAGAAAGUUUGUUGCCGAGUAUUUUGCUCCUAAUGCCAAGAAGAAAUGGUGCGUUUCUAUGUAUGGAAGUGGAAGACAAACAACUGGAGUUUUCCCUCAGGAUGUAUGGCACUGCGAAAUAUGUAAUCGCAAGCCUGGACGUGGUUUUGAAGCAACUGUCGAGGUUCUUCCCCGGCUUUUCAAGAUAAAGUAUGAAAGUGGUACCUUGGAAGAACUACUUUAUGUUGACAUGCCUCGUGAAUAUCAUAAUUCGUCUGGUCAGAUUGUUCUAGACUAUGCAAAAGCAAUACAAGAAAGUGUUUUUGAGCAACUACGCGUUGUUCGGGAUGGUCAACUUCGAAUAGUUUUCUCUCCAGACCUGAAGAUAUGUUCUUGGGAAUUUUGUGCUAGGCGCCAUGAGGAGCUAAUACCCAGGAGAUUGUUAAUACCACAGGUUAGCCAGCUUGGAGCAGUUGCUCAAAAAUACCAGGCUUUUACUCAAAAUGCAACACCCAAUAUAUCUGUUCCAGAAUUACAGAACAAUUGCAAUAUGUUUGUUGCAUCAGCCCGUCAGUUGGCUAAAGCCUUAGAAGUUCCAUUGGUUAACGAUUUAGGAUACACAAAGAGAUAUGUCCGCUGCCUACAGAUAUCAGAAGUUGUAAAUAGUAUGAAAGACUUGAUAGAUUACAGCAGAGAAACUGCAACUGGACCUAUGGAUAGCUUGGCAAAAUUCCCUCGGAGAACAAAUGGUUCAUCUGGACCUCGUGGUCAAGCACAACAGCAUGAACAACAAUUACAGCAACAGCAACAAAUGGUGGCCCAUAACUCAAAUGGCGAUCAAAACUCAGUACAAGCUGCUGCCAUGCAAAUUGCUUCUAGCAAUGGUAUGGUCAGUGUAAAUAACAACGUCAACUCAGCAUCCACAUCAACCACCACAAGUACUAUUGUUGGACUUCUCCACCAGAACUCAAUGAAUUCUAGACAACAAAGUUCAAUGAACAAUGCAAGCAGUCCAUACGGAGGUAGUUCUGUUCAGAUUCCGUCCCCAGGUUCCUCCAAUACGGUGCCCCAGGCCCAGCCAAACUCUUCCCCUUUUCAAUCUCCAACCCCAUCUUCUAACAACCCUCCACAAACGUCUCACCCUACUUUAACAUCUGCCAAUCACAUGAGUACAACUAACUCACCAGCUAAUAUUUCCAUGCAACAGCAGCAGCCAUCUAUUUCUGGUGAUCCUGACCCUAGUGAUACUCAAAGCUCAGUCCAGAAAAUCAUACAUGAAAUGAUGAUGUCCUCACAUAUUAACGGCACAGGUGGAAUGGUCGGUGUUGGUUCUCUUGGAAAUGAUGUGAAAAAUUUAAAUGGUAUUCUGCCAGUGAGUGCCAAUACAGGGCUUAAUGGUGGAAAUGGCUUGAUGGGUAACGGCUCAAUGAACAAUAAUUCAGGCGUUGGGAUUGGUAAUUAUGGCACAAUGGGUCUUGUUCAAUCCGGUAUGCCUAAUGGAAUGAGAGCUGCUAUGGUAAAUAAUUCAAUCUUGAAUGGAAGGGGAGGAAUGGCAUCUCUUGCUCGGGAUCAAGCAAUGCAUCAUCAGCCGGAAUUGUCAAACCAACUACUUAGUGGGCUAGGGGCAGUAAAUGGUUUUAAUAAUCUUCAAUUUGAUUGGAAACCUUCUCCUUGA